AUGUGGGGAGCCGGGCCUGCGUGUGGGGAGCCGGGCCUGCGUGUGGGGACCCUGCGUGUGGGGAGCCGGGCCUGCGUGUGGGGAGCCGGGCCUGCGUGUGGGGACCCUGCAUGUGUGGACCCUGCAUGUGGGGAGCCGGGCCUGCGUGUGGGGACCCUGCAUGUGGGGAGCCGGGCCUGCGUGUGGGGACCCUGCAUGUGGGGAGCCGGGCCUGCAUGUGGGGAGCCGGGCCUGCGUGUGGGGACCCUGCGUGUGGGGAGCCGGGCCUGCGUGUGUGGACCCUGCGUGUGGGGACCCUGCGUGUGGGGAGCCGGGCCUGCGUGUGUGGACCCUGCAUGUGGGGAGCCGGGCCUGCGUGUGUGGACCCUGCGUGUGGGGAGCCGGGCCUGCGUGUGGGGAGCCGGGCCUGCGUGUGGGGAGCCGGGCCUGCGUGUGUGGACCCUGCGUGUGGGGAGCCGGGCCUGCGUGUGUGGACCCUGCGUGUGUGGACCCUGCAUGUGGGGAGCCGGGCCUGCGUGUGUGGACCCUGCGUGUGGGGACCCUGCAUGUGGGGAGCCGGGCCUGCGUGUGGGGACCCUGCGUGUGUGGACCCUGCAUGUGGGGAGCCGGGCCUGCGUGUGGGGAGCCGGGCCUGCGUGUGUGGACCCUGCGUGUGGGGAGCCGGGCCUGCGUGUGUGGACCCUGCGUGUGGGGAGCCGGGCCUGCAUGUGGGGAGCCGGGCCUGCGUGUGGGGAGCCGGGCCUGCGUGUGGGGAGCCGGGCCUGCGUGUGGGGAGCCGGGCCUGCAUGUGGGGACCCUGCGUGUGUGGAGCCGGGCCUGCGUGUGGGGACCCUGCAUUGGAUGGGAGCUGUCCACAGUGCUGAAACCUACUCCCAGUGGCCAGCAGAGGAUGUCUCCACAGUGCUGAAUCCUACUCCCAGUGGCCAGCAGAGGAUCUCUCCACAGUGCUGA